AUCGCACCUCGGCCGCGGGCGCCUGCGGCUGCAGCUGGAGAUCCGCUGGCUGGAGAUCCGCUGUUUGCUGCUGCUGCUGCUGCCGUUGCAGCUGAGGCAUCUGCUCCAUCGGCUGGUCCUGAGACACCGGCGGAUUCUGGAGAUCAGCAGCAUGCGGGGCGACACAGAGGCUCCGCUGCUGGGGAUAACUUGUCGGAGGCUACGAGGUCUCCGACUUCGCUCCCAGAAGAUGUCGCUGUCCCACCGACGCCACCGACGACGAUUGCGCCCUGCGACACUGACACUGAGGUGUCAUCUGAAGCUGCACCGGCGGCAUCAUCAGCGGCAGGUGAGGCACCAGCUGCUGCAUCGGAGCCUGGACCAGAGGAGCCUUCCGAGUCAGCUGCUGAGCCUCAAUGGCCCUUCGAGAAGCUCGCGGACAUCAAGCGGCAAGAGCAGCUGCCAUUCGGGUGGACCAAGGUGUUGCUCGAGGAUGGCAAUAUGUACUGCUUCCAUAGCAAGGCCAGGGUCUGCUCCUGGAAAAUCCCUCAAGUGAUGCAGGGGCUUCCCGAUGCUGAGCCUCUGCCGCCUGGCUUUGAGCCCUGGGAGCUCUGGGACCAGUGGGGGAGUGGCAAGUCUAUUCGGCACUGGUUCAAUCCGGUUUCCGGAGCGGUGGCUCGCUAUGAGGUGUUCGCAGAGUGCUAUGAGCGCCUGAAGGCCGAGAUGGAUGCGGCCUACUGGGAGAAGCGACGGCUGGCGCAGCAGGAGCUCGAUGAGGCAGCUGCUGAAGCAGAGAAGAAGAAGCGCCGGAAGAGGAAACCCUAA